AUGGCGAGAGUUCGCCGCCAAAGACUACAACACCCGCGACCAACAGGACAUCAUCCGAGACCAGCAGCUUCGUCUCUCGAUGAUGAAACCCCAAACGUGGGAUUCAUGCUUCAAGCGUGGGAAGAGCCCCAAUACACCGGUGACAAGACACGCGUGUACACUGAAGAAGGCUUUUACGAUUUUCCAUUCAUGGCGUGGAGCUACGUCUGGUUUCCAAACAAGACAGACUGCUGCCUCACAUUUUGUGCCAGCCCGACCAACCACACGCCAACCGGGUGGUGGUGCGACCAUCGGCGGAGGCCAAAAACGGACAAGUCGUUUGGGAGGGUGAAUAUCUGGUGCGGCAGAGGAAGCAACACAAGCAACCAGAGAAAGUGCAAUGAGACUCAGGCUGGAGGGGAAUGGGACAAAUCGUGA